AUGGCUUCAGCCUCUGGCACCUCCUCCCUCCCUUCUGCCUCCCCCAUGGUCCCAUCAGCUGUCCAGCUUGUACAAAUCCGAAAGCAAAAAUGGACAAGGGAAGACACGUUCAAGGAGCAAACGCAGUCCGCCCACUUGCAAUAUGUAGAUGAGUGCGGGAAGACACUACUGGAGGAGACGAGAGUGGCAUGUGAGGAAAGGAAAGCAUGCAGAGAACUGCAAUGUGGUGGUGGUGGUGGUGUGAUUAUUUACUGCUAUAUAUUUCUGUCUCACAGGCCCAAUGCUCACCGGACCCUGCCUGAGAGGUCGGGUGUGGUGUGUCGAGUGAAAUACUGCAACAGUCUCCCAGAUAUUCCCUUCGACCCCAAAUUUAUCACAUACCCCUUCGACCAGAACAGGUUUGUGCAAUACAAAGCCACCUCUCUGGAGAAACAGCACAAGCACGACCUCCUCACUGAGCCUGACCUGGGUGUGACCAUCGACCUCAUCAACCCUGACACGUAUCGCAUCGACCCAAAUGUUCUCCUGGAUCCAGCAGAUGAGAAACUGCUGGAGGAGGAGAUCCAGGCUCCCACCAGCUCCAAGAGGUCCCAGCAGCAUGCCAAAGUGGUGCCAUGGAUGAGGAAGACAGAAUACAUCUCCACCGAAUUCAACCGCUACGGCGUGUCCAACGAGAAGCCAGAGGUCAAGAUUGGUGUGUCUGUCAAGCAGCAGUUCACCGAGGAGGAGAUCUACAAGGACCGGGACAGUCAGAUCUCUGCCAUCGAGAAGACGUUCGAAGAUGCCCAGAAAUCAAUCGCCCAGCACUACAGCAAGCCUCGCGUCACCCCCAUGGAGGUCAUGCCCGUGUUCCCAGACUUCAAGAUGUGGAUCAAUCCCUGCGCCCAGGUCAUCUUCGACUCAGACCCGGCUCCCAAGGACACCAGUGGGGCCGCAGCGCUCGAGAUGAUGUCUCAGGCGAUGAUCAGGGGAAUGAUGGACGAGGAAGGGAACCAGUUUGUGGCCUAUUUCCUGCCUGUGGAAGAAACGCUGCGGAAACGGAAGCGGGACCAGGAGGAGGAGAUGGACUAUGCGCCUGAAGACAUAUAUGACUACAAGAUUGCCCGGGAGUACAAUUGGAACGUGAAGAAUAAAGCCAGCAAGGGCUAUGAGGAGAACUACUUCUUCAUCUUCCGCGAGGGCGAUGGCGUCUACUACAACGAACUGGAGACCAGGGUGCGGCUCAGCAAGCGCAGGGCCAAGGCGGGGGGGCAGCCUGCCUUGGAGGGCUGUGCCGUGCUGGCCCAUGUCUAAUCCGGCUCUCCGCCCUGGCAGGAGGCUCGUAAGGCGCAGCUGGAGAAUCACGAGCCGGAGGAGGAAGAGGAGGAGGAGAUGGACAAGGAGGCCCAGGGCUCUGAUGAGGAGCGGGAGAAGGGCAGCGAGGGCUCGCCGGAGGCCAGCGAGGAGGACGAGCGGGCAGCCCGCGACAAGGAGGAGAUCUUCGGCAGCGACGACGACGAGGACUCAGACGGCGAGGGGGGCGGGCAGCGCAGCCCCGGCGAGGAGAGUGGCAGCGAGGGGGGCACCCAGCACCGCGGCGGCCACAGCCCUUUCCUCAGUGGCAGCGAGGGCUCCAACGCCGAGGAGGAAGAGGCCAGUGGGAGCGGCAGUGAGGCUGCCUCGGACUCCAGUGAGGAGGCGAGCGACAGCGACUGAGCAGCUUUCCCCUUGGGGGACCUCACCCCACCCAGUGCACACUGGGGGGGGCGCCGCCUGCUGGAAUUCCUCCGCCCCCGUUCAGGAGCCAUGCUCGGCCCCUUGGAAAUGCCCCCCACCCGGGGAUCCCCUCGGGGGUCCCUCUCUCGCUGCUGGGGUGGCUUUUUGUUACGACUAUUUGUUUCAGCCCUGCCCCCCGCCCCCUGUACAUACCGGUUUGUACCAGAACUCCUCUGCCCUCAAUAAACGGGUGUCUCCCCUGCGUGUGGUGCUGCCCCCAUCCCUGCCAGGGCAGCCGGGCUCUCCCAAACCUGCCGGCA